CGAAGCUCUGCUCAGCUUUGACCUAAUAGCAACAGCUUCAGUGAUCAUAACAGUUUAUUCACAAUUAGAAGCUCAACGGCUGUGAACGCAAACGGUGUCACUGAAAAGCAAAGCACAAAAACAACGUGUAAAAUGUUUAAUCUGAAACAAUUAUUGCUCCUGAGCCUGAUGUGCUCCACAUACGCUGAGGAUUCGGAUAUUACCAAAUUCAUGAAGCAUUUGGAAGUAAUACCAGAUCUCAUCAGUGAAGGACCAAAGGACUUUUUGAAGGUGAUCUAUGACAGUGGUGUCAUGGCCGAUAAGGGUGUAGAGGUAACACCCACACAAGUGAAGCACCAACCCAAAGUCGAAUGGAAGCCAGCCUCUGCUGACACUUACUACACACUCCUUAUGACCGAUCCGGAUGUUCCCAGUCGUGCCAAGCCAGAGUCUCGUGAAUUUGAACACUGGUUGGUAGGCAAUAUACCCGGCGAUCAGCUGAACAAAGGUGAAGUAAUAUCGGAGUAUGUCGGCUCGGGUGCACCAAAGGGCACGGGUUUGCAUCGCUAUGUUUUCUUACUUUUCCAACAAGCAAAGAAAUUGGAAUUUACCGAAACGCGCGCUACGAAUAAGAGUAUGGAAGGUCGUCAGAAGUUUUCCACGAAGAAUUUUGUUGAGAAGUAUGGCUUAGGUGUGCCGGUGGCAGGGAAUUUCUUUCAGGCCCAAUAUGAUGACUCUGUGCCGGAAUUGUACAAGCAGUUGGGACUUUAAAAAGUAAAUGGUGAAGAAUGGUGAUAUGAUAAAUUCGGUGAAGAUCGAUCGUAGAAAAAAACUGGUUUCAAAAAUUUUAGAUUUUCGUUUUUUUGUUUUUUUUUUUCUUUAAAACUAGCUAAUAAAGCCGUUAAGCACGUUUCCACACACGUAUGUAGAUGCAUAUGUACAUGUAUGUGUGACCGAUUGUCCACGUAUGUAUGUGUGUGUAUGUUUGCACAUUCACAUUGAUCAACAGUUACCAAAGUAGUGCUUAAAUUAAGAUUUGAAUAUUUAUGAAAGUUGGCGCUAAUUAAAGUGAAAAUAUAGAUUCCACUCACCAGUGACCGGUUGGUUGGCUGCUUACUGUCUGCUGGCUUGAUUGGCAAGGUUAGCCAGACGACCUGCUGCAUAGACGGCCAUAAAUGAACGGACAAGAGAACUGCUUUAAAUAGUAACUAUUGUACACUUUUUAUGCACAUUGUAAUUAAUUAAAUGUUUGCAAAACAUAUA